UGAAUAUCUCCGUUAUCUGGCCUUCCCGGCAAAACAAGUCCUGCCUCACCCUCCCUCCUUCAUUGCUGGUUCUAUCUGAGCUGCAAUUGCUUUACCGAACCUCGUCUCUGAAAGUUACUGACCAUGGUCGUCCUCGCAGCGUCAAUAUGCACCCGCGGGGGCAAAGCAGUCCUCUCGCGCCAGUUCCGGGAAAUUGCCCGCUCUAGAAUUGAGGCUUUACUCGCGUCGUUCCCAAAGCUCGCGGAUUCCGGUACCCAGCACACAACCGUUGAGCAAGACAAUGUCCGCUUCGUCUACCAACCCCUCGACGAGCUAUACAUCGUCCUGAUUACAAACCGCCAAUCGAAUAUCCUGCAAGAUAUUGACAGCCUUCAUCUCUUCGCUCAAGUUACUACCAGUAUUUGCAAGAGCUUGGACGAGCGGGAAAUCCUGCGCAAUGCGUUCGAAUUGCUCAGCGCAUACGACGAGUUGGUGACCCUCGGGUAUAGGGAGAACCUGUCGCUCUCUCAGAUCAAAACAUUCCUGGAGAUGGAGAGUCACGAGGAGAGAAUUCAAGAAAUCAUUGAAAGGAACAAAGAGCUCGAAGCAAGCGAAGAACGCAAAAGAAAGGCCAAGCAACUGGAGAUGCAACGAAAAGAGGCGGCUCGCAAUUCACGCAGCAUCGCUCCCCGAACCCCGUCCUAUCCUGUCUACACGCCCCCUUCGCGCCCUGCUGUACCCGACACCUAUGACAGCUAUGAAGCGGAGAAGAAAAAGGCCUUCGCCAAACCGUUGCCUACGCGUGGAAAAGGAAUGCAGCUCGGUAAAAAGUCAAAGGCUACCGAUAUAUAUGAGAAGGUCCGGGGUGAUUUGGGGCCGGAGGCUGAAGAGUCAAGCCCCCUGGUUACACCCCAAGCGGCGACGCCAGUUGCCGACAGAGUGUCUUCCGCUCGCCCUUCACUCUCCGCGGGUCGGGAGCCAAUUCACAUUACCAUUGCAGAGACCAUUUCCGCUGCGCUCACUCGUGAAGGUGCACUUAAAUCCUUUGAAGUGAAGGGUGAUCUCCAGCUCCGUAUUAGCGACCCUGCAUUCACAAAACUUAAACUUGACCUUCUCGCAAACCCGACCCACGGUGCGCAGUUUCGCACUCACCCAAAUGUCGACAAGGCUGUCUUCAGCAACUCUUCUGUCAUUCAACUAAAGGAUACUUCGAAGAGGUUCCCGGCUAAUAACUCAAUCGGCGUUCUUCGCUGGCGAGUUGCGGGUGCGGGCUCUGACAAUGCAGAUGUUCUACCCAUCACAUUUACGGUUUGGGUCAACAAAGGCUCCGACUCAACCACAGUUACCGUCGAGUAUGAGCUCACAGGCUCUGACAGUCUCCGUGAUGUUGUCGUCACCAUCCCGUACGGCGCGAGUGAGCCAGCUGUGUCAAGCUUCGACGCUGUUUACGAAGUCUCGGGAGACAGUCUUGACUGGAACAUUGGAAAUGUGGAUGAGGAAAAUGCGUCUGGCAGCUUCGAGUUCGAAUCUACAGGCGAUGAUGAAAAUGAGUUUUUCCCGAUGACAGUGCGAUUCUCGAAGACAAACCCGUUUGUCGAGGUCGACGUCUCAGACAUUUCCCUCAUAGAGGAGGGGGAAAGCACUGGGUAUUCCAAGGACGUCAAGAGCGUCGCAGAAGGAUAUCUUAUUGAAUAAAUUGGUUUAUGGGUAUAACCCAAACUAUUAAUGAUGAUCGGGCGACCCUUUCUGUGUACGAAACAACUUAUUGCGAGUUAUUCUAGAUUCUGCUAGCAACCCCUUUUGACCAAAUGAUAUAUUUUCAAUCCAGACCUGCGAUCUUUUUCCAAGCAUCUCCAAAGCGUCUUCAAUUAGCACUCCCAUCGUCCGAUCAGAGAUCUCGCUGUUUCGAGUACAUUAUGGCGUAGCAUGUCAUUUUACGUUGCACUGUUGCUUAUACUCCAUUGCUUUUGAGGGGUUGCUCUUGCCUUCUCCCAUCCUCAUUCUAUUCACCUUUCAGGAAGAAAAUUGGCGCCACUCAUUGACCAGGGCACUGCAUACAACAUGCCAUUAUCUUUUAUCCACUCUCUAACUAUCAUCUUUUUUUAGCGCAGCAAAAUAAGUAACAUUUCUUCAAAUUUUGAAGGCCCC